AUGUCGACAACAACAUUAAAGAAGUAUGGUUUAAUUUUAAAGAAACCAUCUGAACUUUCAACUGUUAAACCAAUUGCUGCUGCAUUUGCGAGUGAUGGAGAUGAUGGGAUUGAGGCUGCAUCAUCGAGUGAAUUUACUUCAACAACAGUGCGCGCAAAAAUGCAAGCAAAGCGUGAGCAUGAAAAAGCGCUUGCUGAAGAUCCAACAAUUUUUGACUAUGAUAAUGUAUACGAAGAAUUACAAGCAAAUAAAAAUCAAAAAAUUGCAGAAAUUAAAGCUGCAGAUAAGGAACGAAAGUCAAAGUAUGCAGAACAAAUUCUGGAAGCACACAAAAAGCGUUUACUUGCGCAGCAAAGUCGAGAGGAGCGUAAGCAACAGAAAGAACGUGAAGCAGAAGCUGGACAAUUUGAUGAUAAGGAGAAAUUUGUUACGAGCGCAUACAAAAAACAGCUAGCAGAAAUGGAAAAUUUCCGUUUGCAAGAAGCAGUUGACAAUCGGCUUGACGAAUUGACAGCAGUGGAAAGGCAAAAAAGUGGCGUAUGGAAAGGUGGCUUUUAUAGGACGCUGUUGAAUGAUAUUGUUGGAGAUAGUGGUGCAAUUAAAACAGAAGAAGGAGAUAUAAAGCAAGAGAUUAUUAGCCCUACAACAGAUGUACAACAAACAAGUGUGGAUUCGGUUGAACAUGCUAAAAAACUUUCCUUAUUACGGAAAGACAGCGAUAAUGAUGGUAGAUUUCUGGAAUUGUCUACUGGUAAUCAAACAGAGAAAUCAGUAUAUUCUGAUGAUUCAGACAAAGAGCAGGAGCUCAAUAAUACGAUUUCAGUAAACCUGAAGCCUGGUUUAAAUAUUUUGAAACCACAAGUGAAAAAGCCAACAAAGGCGGAACAAAUUCGACAGCGUUUUACUCCAUCUCCUGAACAUCUGACGGCAAGUAGCAGUGGUGAUGAGGAGCUAUCAAAACGAAUGGAGAGACAUGGACGUAGUAGGGAACAUAGUUAUAGAAGACGGCGACAGGAAAAAAGCUCUGAAUCUCAUAAAGAGAAACGAAGUUCUGCAAAACAGCACGAAAAUUUUUGUGAAUAUCACUCUACGGAAAAAAAGGAGCAUAAGAAAUUUGAAAAGAAACAAAAAGGAGAGGAAAAUGAUAAACCGAAGAAAAGAAUUGUAAAGGAGAAAACGAAGGAAGAAAGGCUACAAAUAAUCAAAAAGAUAUUAGAUCAUCGGAAUGAUUCGGAGAAAGUUGAAGAAAUUCGACAAAGAUAUUUUGAGCGAAAGAAGGAACAAGUUGUUUCGUUGCCGUUAUGA